AGAAGAAAACAGAUUUUAAUAACCCACAUUACCAAUACUUGUGCCUGAAGCUCAAGCUCUCUCAUUUUCAUUAUUAAUUGCUCCUACAAACAGCUAAUUACCCUUUUUCUCCUCUUCUUCUAACUUUUAAUCCAUUGGUAUUCUCUUUUAUGAUCUAUGCCCCUCCAUUAAUUUCCCACCAAAUCCUCUAUCUUUCUCUCUCCUUCAACUUCAAGCCUUAGAAAAAGAGAGAAAUAAUUAAAGAAAACAAUGGGAAACAGUCGGGGGAGUUAAUGAUUCUCACGUCCCACAAAACCCAUUUCUUGAAUCCAACUCUACCUCGCCAAAUCUCUCAACAACUGCAGCAACAGCAAACCUUGUAUUGUUUUCUUGAAGCAAAAAAUUAUUUAAUACCCAUUAACAAAGAAAAGAAAACAUUUUUUUUCUUUUUAAUAUUGCAAGAAAACGCCCUUUUCAUUGCCAGCCAUGACUGAGGUCCUCCAUUCCCCUUCUCAUUUCCCUUCUUCACCAAGCACCACUUUUGCUUCUAAUUCUUCUUCUUGCGCCCCUGAAGCAACUUCCUUAUCCUGCGCAUCUCCCAGGCAACUUCCUUCAAUACAAGGUAAUGGUGGCGGUAGUGGUGAUACUCAGGAGGAGGAGGGUUCUCCGGUGACUUUCUCUGACCCAGAUGAAGACUUUGUGAAGGCCAGAGAGAAGAAACAGAGGGAACAGCUUUCUUUGUUGGCUCUGGUCGUCACUCUGUUUAGGAAAUCUUUGGUGGCUUGCAAGAGUGAUAGAAGGGAGCUUUGUGCCAUGGAGAUCGGUUGGCCAACCAAUGUUCGCCAUGUGGCUCAUGUUACCUUCGACAGGUUCAAUGGUUUCCUGGGCUUGCCUGUGGAGUUCGAGCCUGAAGUGCCUAGGAGGGCUCCCAGUGCUAGUCAAACUGUCUUUGGAGUUUCAACAGAAUCCAUGCAGUUGUCUUAUGACUCCAGAGGGAACAGUGUACCAAUGAUACUCUUGCUAAUGCAAAGGCAUUUGUAUGCUCAGGGAGGCUUGCAGGCUGAAGGGAUUUUCAGAAUUAAUGCAGAAAAUAGUCAGGAAGAAUAUGUGAGGGAUCAAUUGAAUAGAGGAGUGGUACCAGAAGGUAUUGAUGUACACUGUUUAGCAGGACUUAUCAAGGCUUGGUUUAGAGAGCUCCCAACUGGAGUUCUCGAUUCUCUGUCGCCUGAGCAAGUCAUGCAAUGCCAAACAGAAGAAGAUUGUGCUGAGCUUGCUAGGCGUCUACCCCCUAUAGAAACUGCCCUACUGGAUUGGGCCAUCAAUCUGAUGGCCGACAUUGUCCAGCAAGAACAUGUAAACAAGAUGAAUGCCCGCAACAUAGCCAUGGUUUUUGCACCAAACAUGACUCAGGUUGGGGCUUAUGUGGUACUUUUGGGCUUUGAACUAAAAUGCUAUUUAGAAAAGGAAGAAUUAUCCAUGGCAGAUCCUUUGACUGCACUAAUGUAUGCGGUUCAAGUGAUGAACUUUCUCAAGACACUUAUCUUAAGGACACUGCGAGUAAGAAAAGAUUCCAUGGUGGAGCCAACUCCUAUUUCACGUCUUGAGCCGUUUGAUGAGAAUGGCCAUCAGAGCUCUUCACAGUCCUGUGUGGAAGCUACUAUAAAAGACAAUGAAAAGACAGCACAAACUUUCACUGCUGAAGAACCUGUUGUUGAAAGUUCCUGCAACUAUAGUCAAAGUAAUGUCAUAACCGAUGGAGAAAAUCACAGGUAUACUAUAUCUGCUGAGCAGUUAAUUGCCAAAGGAUAUCAAUCUUGUGAUGCUGCUUCUCAGGUCGAUACAUUUAUCAACGAAUCUGAUGCUGGUAUUGUCAAUGGUCUAAAAAUUGGUGUUCAUGCAAGACCUGGGCAAAGCAAGGUUGGUCAAUCAAGCAGUUCAAAUCUCAGAAAGAAUCCUGGUAAGAUAAAUAGGCAGCAAUCUAUACUGUGUAUGACGAUGCCUAUUGAGAAGACAGCUGGACUUAGCAACUUGAGGCGUAUAGAUUCAAGGAUGGAACUUAUUGAAGCUUGGCGAUGAAAGAGAUUCCAGUUGUUGGCCCCAACUGAUUCUACAAAAAGGAGGCUGUCUGAUUUGGAAGUUGCGUUUGUUCGUAAACUGUUCAUGUAUGUUUUCUGUGUGCUGACUUGUUUUCUAAUUUCUCGAACAGACUCUUUGCUGUACGAAUCUAACAUCUACUGCUUGAAACUAUAACUACUUCUCAUUAACAAUGAAAUCAAUUGUCCUGAAGCAAUGCAAAUCCAUUUGUUAAA